AUGACUCAAACUUUAUAUUUCAGCGUUCUUCUCAUCGCUCUCUGUUCAUUAUCUGAAUGCAUUCAGCGCCGCUAUCACCACAUAAACAUGAAGAUGAACUGGACUGAAGCUCAGAGAUACUGCAGAGAAAACUACACAGAUCUGGCCACAGUCAGCAACAUCAACGACCUGAAUCAACUGAAGAAGAGGGUGAAAAUCAAUCUAAUUGGUGUCUGGAUUGGACUGCAUAGAUCAAUUGAUUCUAAAUGGAAGUGGUCUCUGGGUGAUCCUGUGAAAUAUACAAACUGGUCUAAUGGAGACUCAAAUGGUCCAGGUCAGUGUGCUUAUAUGAAAGAUGGAUCAUGGCAUCAUCAGGACUGUACAAAUAACAAGAUAAGUUUCAUCUGCUACAAUGAUAAUCUGAUAUUGAUCCAGAUGAAUCUGAGCUGGUCUGAAGCUCUGAGAUACUGCAGAGAGAAUCAUGUGGAUCUGGUUUCAGUUGAUUCAGAGGAGAUUCAGUUCAUGGUGACUAAAGUGAUUCAUCGAUCCUCUACUGAAGCCGUGUGGAUGGGGUUACACUAUUACUGCCAAAUGAACCUCUGGAUCUGGAUACGAGGAGAGGCCGUGUGCUAUCAGAAUUGGGCUCCAGGGAACGGAGCAGGACUGAUGGACUGCAACACUGAACACAGAGCUGGAGCAGUUCAGUCUGGAGGAGAUCAUCUCUGGAUCAGCCUUCCUCAAUCUCACAAACUCAACUUCAUCUGCAGCAGAAAAUAAUCAAAUCAUUUGUGUCUAUCACUUCUUUUUUGUUCUCUGUUAAUUUUUUGUUUUGUUUUUAGCAUUUGAGUUAUGACAUAUUACAGAUUAAAUACAACAUUAUGCCUUAGUUCAGAAUCAUUCAUGUAUAAUAAACAAAAAUAUGUUCUAUGUUAAUCUCGUGACACAAUAUAUUUUCUUAUGUUUCUUUAAUAACUGUUGAAUUAUAUGAAAUGAAUGUGUUAGUUAUAUUUUGGGAGUGGGUUAAAGUUCAUGAUAUUUACUCAUCAGAUGUCACUUCUGUUUUGUUUUAUGUGUGAUU